AUGGAGGACUGGAGAAGAAUCGAUAUCGACGCCCUCGAACCGGAAAACCACCUUUCCAAGGAGGACCUUGUGCCGGACUUGCCUGCUGUUUCUUACCAGGACAUCGAGGCCGUUUCCAAACAGGUGAAGCAGCAGUUGUCGCUGGGUCAGUUCGUGCCAGCUUUGCAAUUGGCUUUGGACAAUCCUCCUUAUGUUGCCGACGAGGCCACCAAGAACUUGCACGCAGAGACCGUGUUUGAGGUGCUUGUGUCGAUCAAAAACAACAACAACGUGAAUGAGUUCAGCAAUAUCGUCAAGCAGUUGGACCUGGACCAGCAGGACAACUUGGUGAAGUACUUGUACAAGAACAUGAACACGACGUACGGCGCCAAGCAGGGCGGAUUGUUGUUGAACUGGUUUGAGAAGACCGUGGAUGUGACUGGCUUGGGCCCUGUUGUGCGUUUCUUCACCGACAGAAGAACCGUGUAA